AUGCUCGCAGAUCGAGUUCUGCUUGGCGGGCGGUCUCGUCCGAUAUCGAUUGGAUGCAGUUCAUCAUCGGCGCACCCUUCAGAAGGGAUAUGCUCUCCACGAGAUCUUGUACACACUCCGCCCGGAGUAAUUACUAAGUUGGAAGCUUUUCAACGUCAUAAACCAGUGUGGACAAUGACGGGUGAGCGUCUGAUAUGUUUGUGCUGCACGAAGAAGAAUCAGUGCUUUUGUAAGAAAUGCACUCUGGAAAAGUUGAAAUUCUACUCUCGUAAAGAAAACAUAUCGAUUCGAUCGAACAGAAAAGGCGAUCUGGAGAAGGAAAUGGAGUCUCUCUUAGGAGACGUCUCCGAGGUAAGCGCUAAAAUCAACACAACGACGGCGAACAUCACGCUCUUGAGAAAAUGGGUCGACGAGAAAAAACAGAUAAAUAAGACCAAGACUGAGCAACUGGUCACAAUUAAACAGCUGAUCGUAACCACCACAAAGCAUGCGAACAAAGUCCUGUCGUACUAUGAAAAACAUGAUGCUAACGAGACCUAUAUGAAUAAACGAAAGUUGUAUAAGGAAGGUAAAGUUGACGAGAUGAACAGAAAUCUUUCCCUCGUGCGAAAAUCUCUGUGUGGUUCAUUAUAUUCCAUAUUUCCUGUGUCUGAGGUUAUCGCACAAACUGUACGUCCUAACACCAACUCAAAAAAGACCGCAGCUAGCGCGACGGGUAAAUGGACAGUAGUCAGCGGUCAUCAAAUUGAAGAAGGACCUAUGAUUAAGGUUCGCGACACCUAUUUAUCAGAUGCAGCUCGCGAGCGACUAGGAACAGCGCUUUCGGAUUCCGUCCUUAAUCUUUCCAUUGACCUCAGAUCCUCUUUUGCCGCUUUUCUGCACUCCAUUCAAUUGGUCAAUAACUUGGCAGUUAUAUUCGAUUUUCGAUUACCGUACUUGUUAUCCCAUCACGAGAUAUCCUUACGAGAACGAUGGAGUAGGGAACUAUUAGACAAUGACUGGUUUAACUUCUGCCAUUCGGUAUUGGCAUUGGGUUUGCACCUCGGGAUGCCUCCAGAAACGCUUCACUUCAAUUGUCCACAUUCGAAUAUCAUUGAACAAGCACGUUUCAUUAUGGAAGGAACGCCCGUGCCCCAGCCUCAUCCAAUUAUUAUAGCAAGCAAUCGUAGAUUUGAUGUCAAGGAAAGUCUACCACGGAUAAAUUUCGACGAUCGGGAACUGAUUUCUGAAUGGGAUACUUGCGAGGACCUCGACUUAUGA